AACAGAAAUCCAUGAACGACAACAACAAAAUGGGGAAGGAAUUGAGCAAUUACAAAACUCACCGUCGUUGAGGUUCAACGCAGGUGCGUUGAAGCAGCGAUUGAUUCCGAGUUGAGUUUCGGGCAAAACUCGCCGCCGUCACCACCAAUCACAAUGGAAGCUCUGGCGGAGCUGGAGCGUGUCCAAAUCCAGCUGCUAGAACGCAUAUCAAGACUAGAGCGUUCUUAUCUUCCCUCGCCUUCAACAACCGAGUCACCUCUCGUUGAAGAAACUGACACUGUUUCUCGCCUCUCCUCCAUUUUGCGCACCAACGCCGUCGACGACUUCUCCUUCAAGAGAGUCCCUUCCGAUUACUAUGAUUGGCCCCUCGAAGCCCGUCGCGAUGCCCUCGCCGCCGCCUCCGUCGACCAUCUUUGCAAAAGCAUUGUUUUGGUUAACACGCAAUCCCCGCCCAAUAUCAUCGAUUGUAGUGAUCGUAAAAAUUCGAAGUACUAUGUUGUUGUUGUUCAGUACACUGCUCGGUUCAAUGCUGAGGCUGUCAGAAAUUUUCUGUAUUCACUCAACAAUGGAAGUAUAGCGAAAAAGAAAUUUAACUUGAGGCUAGCUCCCGAGGAGACAUCAACGGAGUUAACUGGAUAUGGGCACAAUGCAGUGACUUGUAUUGGCAUGAAAACAGACAUUCCGGUGAUUUUGGAUGAAGCUAUUGUAAAACUAACUCCUGAUUUCUUUUGGUUGGGUGGCGGUGAGAUUGAUCUGAAGCUAGGGAUCCGGACAUCUCAAUUAAUCAGAUUUAUCAACCCAUUCAUCGUCAGCUGCAGCAGUAAUUGAUUUUGUUGGACAGAAUGUGGGUAGUGUAAUUGAGUUUACCUGGAGAGUUGCCAUUUUCAGCUUUCCGUUGCUGAUUAUUAUACGGUUUGAAUUAUUGCCCCUUCAUAAAGAUAUUUAUUUUUCUGAGCGAGUUUUGUGGUCUGCUUAAGUGAUUAUCCUUAUGUUUUACAUAUAUUUGUAUGCAACCAACAUCGUGGCUUCGUAUUUUAUAUAUGUUGCAAGUUAAUAACACCAUAAGAAAGAAAAUGAUAAGUUG